AGAGAAGAAAAAAAACAGGGAAUAGAAAACGAAAGAGAGAGAGAGAGAGAAGAAGAAACAAUCGUUCGUUCGUCCGUCGCGUCGCAAGACGACGCAGAAUACAAAACACCACUCCCGUCGUCGAGGGAGGUCAGCCCAGAAAUCGCUCGCGACCCUUUAUUAUAGUGUGUCAUCAAUUCCUCUGUUGCUAGCGAUCUGUUAGGAUUGUCAUCGGAAGUAAGCCCUUUUCUUUUCUUCUUCUCCAUGACACAGACGCAAAGGGUCUUCCAAGCCUGGAAAGGAAGCAAUAAGUUCAUCCUUGGUGGGAGAUUAAUCUUUGGUCCGGAUGCUAGAUCAGUCUCUGUCACCGUGCUCCUCAUCAUACUCCCUGUUGUUUUAUUCUGCGUGUUUGUAGCAAGGCAUCUCCGCCACGAGUUCUCUCCCUACAAUGCUGGUUACGCUAUCUUGGUAGUUGCAAUUCUCUUCACUAUUUAUGUAUUGAUCCUCCUCUCCUUCACAUCUGCACGAGACCCUGGCAUUGUUCCACGAAACUUACAUCCACCAGAGGAAGAUCUACGCUACGAGACAACACUAUCAGCCGACGGAAGACAAACACCAAGCGUUCAAAUCCCUCGGACGAAAGAAGUCAUCGUCAACGGCGUUUCCGUUAGAGUGAAAUACUGCGACACGUGCAUGCUCUACAGACCUCCUCGUUGCUCCCACUGCUCCAUCUGCAACAACUGCGUCGAGCGCUUUGAUCAUCAUUGCCCCUGGGUGGGCCAAUGCAUUGGACUGAGAAACUAUAGGUACUUCUUCAUGUUUGUCUCCUCGGCGACACUUCUCUGCAUAUACGUGUUCUCCAUCUCGGCGUUAUACAUCAAGAUUCUGAUGGAACAUCAUCGCGGAACGGUGUGGAUGGCGAUGAGAGAAUCUCCUUGGUCGGUUGCGCUUAUGAUAUAUUGCUUUAUUGCCUUCUGGUUUGUUGGAGGGCUCACGGGGUUUCACCUGUACCUCAUAGGCACGAACCAGACAACCUAUGAGAACUUCCGGUACAGAGCAAACAGCAGAACCGUUGCGUAUAACCGUGGCUGUGCUAACAAUUUCCUGGAGGUGUUUUGCACCCAGGUUAAGCCCUCGAGGAACAACUUCAGAGCCUUCGUCGAAGAAGAGCCUCCAAGAGUUGUUACAACAACCACCAGAGAAUCAGAGGAUGAAGCUGGAACGCGGAGGCAGAAAGUGGAGGAUGAUUUAGACAUUGGGGAUGAUCUUAUGAAUAUAUCACAGCGGUGUAAUCCAGCAGAGCAACCUCAUCACAGUUUGGACAUUGACCAAUCGAUGCUUGGGGUUGCUGAGAGAGCAGCUACGAUAAGGACGGAGACGAGGCAUGGAAGCUGGGGGAGUAGAAGAAGUGGGAGCUGGGAUAUAGAGGCAGAUGUGAGUAGUUCUAAUGUCAGGGAGAGUCGAAGCUAAAGCAACAGAAGAGGAAGGAAGAGGGAGAGUCGAUGUGUUUAUUACUUUUGUUUUUUUUUUUAAUUGGUUCCAAACAUUUGGAGAGGUUUCUUUUUAGGACAGAAGUCGGAAGGAUCUGAUAUGGUUUGGGGGAUUUGCCAGUCAGUUCAUGUAAUCUUUGCGUAUAUUCCCCUUUUCUGUUCUUCUUUUCUUUUCCUUAAUUGUGUAAUUGUGCUAUUCUGUUGUUGAUAUUAUGUGGAAUUCCAUUCUGUAUUUGCGUUGAUAAUA